AUGGCCCCCUCUCCUACAGACCACCUUGUGAGGAGAGCCACAUCUUCGAGCCUGGGCUCGUCGCUGUCGUCGAGUGAUGUGUGCAAAAACAACAAGAGCGCUGCGUGUGAGAAGCCUGUGUCGACGAACUCGCUUGAAAUCGGCUUGGGAAUUGGAAUUCCCGUGGCAGUGGUCUUUGCUGCGUUGGGGUUCCUCAUGUACUGGAGGUACAGAAAAAACAAGAAGGAGUCAUUGGAACACGAUCCUGACUUUGAUGAAAACGGUGACGCCACGGCCCUUCCUGAUUUCCCGGCCUUCUCGAAAGAUGACCCCUUUGAUAACCGCUUUUCCGUAAGACCUCACUCCAAACACAUGGAUGCUGCCUCCCAUCUGAAAUCCGCUAACGAGGUCGGGUCUGUCUCCACGCGUAUGGGCACCGAAGAUACUCCAGUGGACGGGUUUGUGUUGCCUUAUCACCAUCAAACAAGCUCCAAAGCGUCUUUGGAGGAAUUUGCAAGACAGCUGGUCGAUAACCGCUUGUCAGGUAGAAGAGACUCGAAUUUGCGGUAUGCUCUGGUUACUCCUGGUGCAAGCACCCACACCUCGCCUCAGAAAUCGAGCUUGAGGUACGAGCAGGCAAAUGUGGCAGCCAAAGAAGCUCCUGUAGGCAGACUUACCAAGGACGACUACAGGACCAUCCCCAACCAUUCUGUCACAUCGCUUAACGCCAAUGAGUGCUACAAUACCAAGGAGGAGAUCAGCGACGAUACGAACGACACAUCCAAGCUGAGUGAAAACGAUUUCACCGUGGAGUACGAGAACGAGCAAGAGGCGCCCAUAAAUCUGCUGUUAUCGAAUAACCACUCUCCACAAAAAACUAGGGAGGUAACAGCAGAUGAAGAGUCUGAGGCUUCAGAUGAUUUUGCUGAUGCAAGUAAUUCCCGUGGCCCAUUUCUUGAGAAAGAGCACGAAGAGGAGCCCCCUCUGUCGCGGAAUAUCCUAAAUGAAAGCACGGAGGAGCAUGCCGAUGAGACUUUCGAUGAAAAGCGCCAAGAAGAAGAAGAGGAAGAAGAAGAAGAACGAGAUGAGGGGGAACCUCGUCAAGUGAUGCCCGCCAUCUUUGUGAAGUCUCCUUUUGAGGAGCAAAAUGAAACCUUCGGAAGCGAACAAGGCCAGCGCCUUUACGACAACUCUGAAGUCACCGGCAAUACUUAUCUCGAAACAACAGGUGAUGAUACCACAGAGCAUCGCUCGCUAGACCCGGAUCCUGAGGGUUCCGGAGAAUCAAAACACCACAUAUCAAGAUCUCCUAGGCUAUCUGCAUUUGACCUCUUGAAGAAUGUCAGUGAUGACGAAGGAGAAGGCGAAUCUCAAGAUCGUGAAUUGGACCCUGAGCAAGAAGAGGAGUUGGCGAGAAUGAAGUCUGUCUACAAAGUCUAUUUUGACCGGUCCAACUCGACCAAGACAAACGCUACUGUCAAUGAAGAUGGCAGCUUCAGGGCAGACGCUACUCAGCCCUUGCCAAAGAUCGAUAUAGAUCAUCUCAAGAUCAAUGAUGAAUUGAAAGGUGAUACACAAUACGACAAGCGCAAGACAACAACAUCUUCUAUAUACGACGAGGCUCCAAUCUUCGUCGAGAAUGGCUCUCAAGCUCAUCCCUACCAGCAAUAUAGCAUGCCUCAUCAACAAUACCCACUGCAGCAUCCAUAUGCUCAGCUUCCUCCGCAACAAUUCAUGGCACCUCCACCAGCGGAAAACCUUCCACCAUUGAAAUCUUUGCCCAGCGCUUCUGAGAUUCGUCGUUCGACGAUUGAAACAUUCACAGAUUACCAGCCAAAACACAAGGGUCACAAGGGCACUCUUCCACCAGGUGAGGCGAGUGCUGCGUCCUCUCCGCAUAUUGCGCAAAGUGGAUCGUUCACGACGUUAAAGUCGCCCAUGUCCCACGACAUGCUGUACAAUGAGGACAGCGAGGCUACUCCUUCGCCUCAUCAGUUGUCUAGAACCUCAGUGGUGAUGUUGGACCCAGUGGGUGAGUUCAAGUCGCAAAGGAAGUUUAAGCCCGCCGGCUCCUUGCCCCGGCAGCCUAGCCAACCGGGCUACCUCAACCAAGACUUGGCGCAAUCGCAUGAAGACUUGAUUCCUGGCAACCGGAAGAGCGCUGUGAGGAGAAUGAUGAACACGAACUUCUGA